AUGUCCAACGGCCCCAGUGAGGCCCCCGGGGAGCCUGCUAGGAGCAGGGCAGUGCCUGAAUCAGCCGAAACCCAAGAGGAGGAAGGCUGUGGAGAAGAAGUCAACAAUCUCCCUCCGGCCGAACCGAUCAAAAAGAAAAGGAAGAAGAAGCCAAAGCCAAAGAGUCAACGCGGUCUGGACAAACCCACCGGGUUUGAAGAUUUCUUCGCAGAUGCUCCCAUGACGCCAGCUCAACAUGCCGAAGAACAGGAGCUCUAUGACUUUAAACUCCCGUUUGCGGAUCGUAUACUGACGGCUAUCUCGCGAUUCGAGCGGACGCGCAAACUCAGCAAUGAACGCCGUGAUAUCCUGUACAAGUACCUCGUCUACGGCGGUGUCGUAGUUGGGCCUAACAACUUCCAAGGCGAACAAGACACUGAAGAUAUGAACAAGACGCAGAUUGCAGCUGCAAUGACACAGGCAUCUUUAACAGACGAUAAACGGAACUUGGGAACGGAGACGAGUGUCUACGAAGUCGAUUUCCAGAGUUGCAUGAAAGGGUUCCUUAGCCGACGAGCGAAGAACUUGUACGGCUUUGAUACGAGAGCCCAGGUCGACACGCUGACGACCACCCUCGAGCGAUUUAUGGAUUACCUCCUGCAGCACGAUGUGUGCCCGGAGUAUCGCGCCGACGUUCUUGCAACGCGGAAUCUCUGCCGCGAGGCUCCGGCUGAAUUGUGGGACACGGCAGAAGCCACUCGUCGUUUACCCGGGGACUUCAACAUUGCAUGCUCGACGUUGUUUGGGGGCAGCUAUGCUCGCUAUUACGACGGCGAGACAUGGUGGGGCCCCGAAGACGCAGGAGAGGCAGCCUUCGUCGGGAUGAAACCCGAAGAAGCAUCGCAAAUUAUCCACUUCGGCGUCGCUGGUGCAGCAACCGAACCCGUCUUCGCCGCGUACCUUGCGGGAGUCAAUGGCACGAAACAACUCGAGGUCACCUCAGUGGAAGAAAACGUCGGCUUUGAAAUCGCUCGCGUCAUCCCCCCAACCCAGGGAUGCAAGGAGAUCUACACAACCAACUCGACACACUUCCGCCCUGUCGGUCGUGUGUACGCCAAACCAUGGAAGAAUCCAGACGCACCACCUGAAGAUCUGACGCAAGCUGAAUUGGCUUCCACCACUGCCUUGGCCAAGAGAGAACCAGAGAAAGAAUACGUCUUCUUCAUCGAGUCGAUCUUGCAAGCCCAUCUGCAUGUCGGGAUGAAGGUGGAAGCCACAGUCCGGACGUUGAAUUGUGGAAUCAUGUUCUUCGAUGAGGUGCUGAAUGUCUUCCCGAGCUUUGACGAGUACCUAUACAACGAGAUGAUGGUCGGGUGGGUUGACCCAAGGCCGAAGAAGGGCGCAUUUGACUAUGUGGAAGGAUUCGAUGACGGCACAGGGAAUAGUGAUGAUGGAGAUGGAGAGGAGAAGGGUGUGAGAAACAAGAAAGAGGCAAGCAGUGACGUUGAAAAAGCGACCGAUUAA